CGAAGGCGCGCGGCUUCGCGGGCGAGCUCUCCCAAUCAGAGCCCGGCGUUCUCCGAACUUUAGUCCACCUAACCUGUAACACAGACAUCUUGAACAAUUUCAAUCAUCAAUAAAGAACUAUAUCAUUAAGAAACAGUGGGGUAUUUUUAAGGAGUUGGAAGACUUACCAUGAGUGUAAACUCUUCAAAUAGUGCCACUGGUGAUACUCAAAGGUUGAAGAAUGUUUCUUUGGAAGUAAAACAAAUGCUUAAGAGUGAAACAGAGUCAGAUAUUACUACUGAUCUCAGAAAGAAACUCCAUCGGGCUAAAAAAGAAAAACUAGACAUGACAACUAAACAUAAUGCAGAGUUGUCAAGCUAUGAGAGCCAGAUUGCCAAGCUGCGGUCUGAGGUUGAAAAAGGAGAAGCAUUACGACAAAGUCUGGAAUAUGAUCUGGCUGUUGCUAGAAAGGAAGCUGGCCUUGGAAGACGAGCUGCUGAGGAGCAAUUAGCUGAAGCCCACAGGAUCCAAGAAAAACUUCGUGAUCAGAAUUCAGAACUUCAAGGAAAAGCAAAUGAGAUUGAGAAAGCAUUUCAUACUUCACAGCAGAAAUGGAAAGAAGAAUGUAGAAAAUUUGAACAUGAUUUGGAGGAAAGAGACAGUAUAAUUCAAAAUUGCAAUCGAGAAUAUGAUAUACUUAUGAAGGAGAAAAGCAAACUAGAAAAAACUCUUCAGGAAGCAUUGGAAACACAUCAGCAAGAGAAGAAUGAUAUGGAGUCUCAAAUCAGGGAGACAGCAGUGGAGGAGUUUAGAUUACAAGCUGAACAAUGGGAAGCAGAAAGAAGAGAGUUACAGUUUAUAGUACAGGAACAAGAUUGUGCUGUACAAACUAUGCAGAAGAAAGUAGAACAAUUAGAAGCAGAACAUACAGAUUGCUCUGACCUUUUACAGCGACAAACAAGUGAACUUGAGUUUAGCACUCAGUGGGAAGAAUGUCUUAGAAAAGAAUUUGAGUUACGGAUUAGAGACCUUGAAGGAGCAUUACAAGUAGAAAAGGCCAGCCAAGCAGAAGCUGUUGCUGAUUUGGAAAUGAUCAAGAAUGAAUUCAAAGAAGUUGAAGGUGCAUAUGAGCAAGAAAAGCUUAAUGCACAAGAGAGUUUUGCAAAACUAGCUUUAUUAGAAAGAGAGUAUUUCUCCCAAAACACAAAACUAAAUGAAGAGAUUGAGGAACAGAAGAAAGUAAUUAUAGACCUUUCAAAGAGACUCCAGUAUAAUGAAAAAAGUUGCAGCGAAUUACAGGAAGAACUUGUAAUGGCUAAGAAGCACCAAGCCUUCCUAGUAGAGACAUGUGAAAAUAAUGUGAAAGAAUUGGAAUCGAUCUUGGACAGUUUUACUGUGUCGGGCCAGUGGACAUCAGGCAUUCACAAGGACAAAGAUAAACCUCCCAGCUUCUCAGUUGUCCUUGAGACUUUGAGGCGUACCUUGACAGAUUACCAGAACAAGCUGGAAGAUGCAUCUAAUGAGCUUAACCAUAUAAAUGCUGCUAAGGAAAAGACAUCUAAUGAACUUGAUUCUACCAAACAGAAGAUUGAGUCUCACACUAAAAAUAUAAAGGAACUUCAAGAUAAACUGACUGAUGUCCAUAAAGAGCUAAGUCAUUUACGUACUAAAUGUGGAGACCGAGAAGCUUUAAUAACCACUUUAAAAUUGGAGCUACAAAAUGUGCUGCACUGUUGGGAGAAUGAAAAGUCACGAGCAGCCCAAUGUGAAGGUGAACUGCAGAAACUUUCCCAGGCUUUCCACCAGGACACUGAGGAGAAGCUAACCUUCCUUCAUACCUUAUAUCAGCACUUGGUAGCAGGCUGUGUGCUCAUAAAACAACCAGAAGGCAUACUGGAUAAAUUCUCUUGGUCUGAGCUUUGUGCAGUCUUGCAGGAGAAUGUUGAUGCUCUCAUUGCAGACCUCAACAGGGCUAAUGAGAAGAUAAACCACCUAGAAUAUAUCUGCAAAAACAAGUCUGACACAAUGAGAGAGCUUCAACAAACCCAGGAAGAUACUUUUAACAAAGUGGCAGAACAGAUCAAAGCCCAAGAGAGCUGCUGGCAUAAACAAAAGAAGGAACUGGAACUGCAGUAUUCUGAACUUCUCCUGGAAGUUCAGAAGAGGGCACAGAAAUUUCAAGAAAUUGCAGAAAAGAAUAUGGAAAAAUUGAAUCGUAUUGAGAAGUCACAUGAACAGUUGGUGCUUGAAAAUUCGCACUUCAAAAAUAUGUUAUCGAAGACUCAAAGAGAACAAACAUCUUUGCUGGCAGCCUGUGCAUUGAUGGCUGGUGCAUUAUAUCCCCUCUAUAGUAGAUCGUGUGCUUUAUCUACACAGAGAGAUUUUCUCCAGGAGCAGUUCAACACAUUUGAAUUGUUCAAGCUAGAAAUUAGAACUCUAGCCCAAGCAUUGUCAACAGUAGAGGAGAAGAAACAAGAUGAAGCCAAGAUGAAGAAAAAACCAUUCAAAGGCUCGAUACGCAUAUUCCGGAAAGGUGUUAUUGCAAUUUUGGCAGCAAACAGACUCAAGAUUUUGGGCCAGUCCUGUGCCUCCCUUUUUACCUGGAUGGAAAAUUUCAAAGAAGGCAUAGGCAUGUUGGUGUGUUUAGGAGAGCCUAAAGAUAAGCAUAAAUUUCCAAAACAUCAAAGGGAGCAGUUACGUUGCUUACAAGCACUCAGUUGGCUCACCAGUUCUGACCUUCUUACUGCAGUAAUCAGUUCUAUGGCUGAGUUGCAAGACGUCAUUAGUAAAACAGAUCCAAAUUCCAGAGUUUGUGGACAUAUACUCAUAGGUGCAGCCAAGAAUUCUUUUGCAAAACUCAUGGAUAAAAUCAGUCUAGCAAUGGAAAGUAUUCCUCUGUGUAGUAACAGAGGUAUUACAUACGUAGAAAAAGAUUCCCUUGUUCAAAGGCUGGCCCGUGGACUUCAUAAAGUAAAUACCCUUGCCCUGAAGUAUGGUUUGCGUGGCCACGUGCCCAUUAUGAAAAGCACAGCAUCAUUACAAAAGCAAAUAUUUGGAUUUACACAAAGACUGCAUGCAGCAGAAGUGGAGCGCCGCUCACUGCGCUUAGAGAUUACAGAAUUCAAACGAAAUGUGAAUGAAAUGAAAAAGGAGCUUGACAAAGCUCAGGGUCUCCAAAUGCAAAUAAAUGAAUUCAAGCACUCUAAAUUGAUCACCCAUGAGAAGUUUGAAAGUGCAUGUGAAGAACUCAAUAAUGCAUUGCUUCGGGAACAGCAGGCACAAAUGCUGUUGAAUGAACAGGCACAACAACUACAGGAGUUGAAUUAUAGACUUGAGUUGCACUCCAGUGAGGAAGCUGACAAAAACCAAACUCUUGGAGAAGCUGUUAAGAGUCUCUCCGAGGCAAAGAUGGAGCUGAGAAGAAAAGAUCAAUCUCUGCGUCAGCUCAAUAGACAUCUUACCCAGCUGGAGCAGGACAAGCGUCGACUGGAGGAGAACAUCCAUGAUGCAGAGAGUGCCCUCCGCAUGGCAGCCAAAGACAAAGAAUGUGUUGCUAAUCACAUGAGAGCAAUAGAAAAUAUGCUUCACAAGGUCAGAGAUCAGAUCUCACUGUCACGGACUGCAGCAAGUAGGAAUGACUUCACCCUGCAGCUACCCAAACUGCACCUGGAGACCUUUGCAAUGGACGGGCUCAAGGGCGGGCCAGAGGUUGUAGCAUGCCAGGCUAUGAUUAAAAGUUUCAUGGAUGUCUACCAGCUUGCAAGCACUAGAAUUGCUACCUUAGAGAUGGAAAUGACAUCUCAUCGAAAUCACAUUGCAACCUUGAAAUCAGAGCUUCACACAGCCUGUUUACGUGAAAAUGAAAGUUUACAAUCACCAGGAUCAAGAGAACAGUCAAAUCUCUCCAUUCCUUCAAGAGCUACUCUUCCUGCUGACAGAAUUGUUGUUGGGGAUUUUUUGCCAUUGCAAGCUGAACUUGAUACAACUUACACUUUCUUUAAGGAAACAUUUAUAAAUACUGCACCCCAUUCUCUAACAUCAUCUCAUUCCUCUCCAGUGAUGUCUCCUAAUGUCAAAAGGCCAAGUCAGAGUGGAUUAUGACUUUAUGAAAUAAAGCAAUGGAGGAAGAGCUAACAGUACAAUUAAAAUUGUUUUAAAGGGGGAUUUUCUUAUUACUUGAAUUUUGUUUCAGCACAAGGGGUGGGUUUUAAAAAUCGUGCAGUAACUUGAUGUGUGCAGGAAUCUGUGUCUCCCUGAAUAAUGAAAUAACCUAGUUCCUCUCUCUAAGUUUUAUUUAUUAUCACAGUUGCUCAUUUUUAUGUAACAUAUUUUUAAAUGUUAAAGAAUGACACUUUUUGGGUAAUUUCCUUCGGACUUAAAAAAAUCAAUAAGCCAUUUUAGUCUCUAUCUAUCAAAGUUGUUUCAUACUUGUCUAUUUUAAAGCAGGACUGCAAUACUUUAAUAGGAUUGAGAGAGCUAUUUGAAAUGUAUGCCAAUGAUUCCUGUCAUUUCAUGGCAGCCCUGCCAUGGUUCACUGAGCCCCUCUUCUCUCUUGUCAGCUCAACUGAAGACAAGCAUUUAGUUGCAAACUUUAAGCAGGUUGUGCAAAACAGAAAUGAUGUGACUGCUUCUCCUCCUGCACAAUAAUGUCACUCCUGGUCAAUGUGAGAAGGUCAGGUUGCUCCUUGUAAAGCUACAUGAUACCACUUGCCCAUUUGAACAAGUUAAGUUAACUGCUGAAUCUGGUCCCUGCAGGGAUUGAAAACUCAUCCUUUUAGCAAGUCUGCUUUUGAUAAGAAAGUAGAGCAAUUGUGCUGUGAGGAUUUCCUUGGUAUGUUUAGCCACUUUAUAAGGACACUUCCCACACUAGUACAGCAGGUAAUAUAUUUAGUAUAAGCUGAAAUCUUCAAGGUAAUGGCUGUUUUGACCUUCAAAAUAGGCUCCUUUUUUGUUUUUGUUGUUGGUAGGACCCGAGAGUGACGCCCAUCUUUGAUGCUGACAGAAUUUAAAACAAGGCCAUUGCCCUGCAUUUUCUGCCUUGUAGCACACAAAAGUAAAAUUGUAUGUCAGGCCGAGAUGUCGGGGAGCUGACAAGAUGCCCCAGUGACAUUUCAGCUAGAAAGAGCAAGUGUCUUGCAACCAAGUGGUCAAAUAUCAAAUAAUAGGUCAAGCAGGAAGGAGCUGAGUUCUAACCACAAAGAGGUUUCUGGUAACUUACUUGACAAGCUUUUGGGUGCUUUGUGGCUUGACAAAGUGAUGUUCUGUUGGGUAUCACUAGACAGACUGUUCUUUAUCGCCUUCAGAAGAUCAGACAUUGACAUUGAUUAAACUCUUUAACCCUUAAAGGUUAAAUCCUUGCCGUUUGUUUGCAUCAUGGUAAGUGAAGAACAAAAGAAUAUUUGUAAUAUGUAUCUGUUUCUGUAUUAAUCAUUUAACUCCCCACUGACAUUAACUUCUAAAGUGACCUGUAGUUUUUGACAAGGAAUUUUGAUGCAAAAAAUCUGUAUUUUAUAUUAUUUUUUCAUUAUGGAGAUUUUCAUUAUGAAUGCAUUAGAGAAUAAUAGUAUGCAUUGUAAAAUCUAUGUUGUGUUUACUAUGACAUUUGAUUCAAAUAUAACCAACUGCUGAGAGUU